AUGCCCUCUAUGACAGUCCAAACGGUCUCCGAUGCUUUAAUUGCUCGUUUACUGGGCGCUAGCGAGUUUGAUUCCGGUAAUAGCGUCGUCGAUUUGGCUUUAAAUCUGCAUUUUCGCAUAUAUUUCCAUCUGUUCAAUGGUACUUUGCAGACUGAAACAAUAAAGAUCCUGUUAACCCAUUGUGAUUCUCUCCAGACAACAUUGAAUUCCUCAAUUGCAUUCGUCAACACCCCAGACUGUUUCAAUUUACUCCAGAAAACGCUUUACAAUAUGCUGGCUGUAUUAUAUUUCCACUAUGGUUACGAUCACAUAGCUACGGUCCAAAAAAACUUGACUAAGUCUAAGAAGAUCAUAAUCGACAAUUACUCCUUUUUCAUCGACUUUCUCAAUUUAGAAAAUCUGUACUACACGAAGGUUAGCUCAAAGAGCCCCAUAACUUCAGAUGAUUUACUCUCCAUACUCGACUACAUCCCAAUCAAGUCUUACGGGUUGACUCAUUACUAUCUAGAAUUGAUAGCCUGUGCAAAUGGAACCCAAUUAAAACAGAAUGGCUCACCUCUCAUUUGUUAUGUCUCAAUCUUAGGUAACAAUAAGAACUUGCAAAAUUAUAAUGACGAAUUUGUGUCAAUAGGUAAGGAGAUCUUGCAAAAUUCUCAUUUCCCCAAAUCUACCGAAUCCACUGACUUUAAAUUAGAACAGUUUAAUUUUUUCUUACAAUACUAUUUACCCAAAAUCAAACAAUAUGAAAAUAUUUUACCAAAAUGGCAAGAUUUCAUUAUACAAUCCAUGAGUAAGAGUUUCCAAAAUAUCACAGUGGCUAAGACUGCCAUGAUCUUUUUCAAUUUAAUUGACAACAAAGUUGAAUCCAUACUAAAUUUCAAUAACUUUAUCAGAUAUAACGGUAAAUUAAAUCAAUUGAAUAAUGAAAGUGAUAAUGGGAAGCAACAACUUGAUCUCUAUGAUAUCGUCGCCUUAGUGGAUUCUUACCGUUUCAUUCUAAAUUCUACCACGUCCGCUGAUUCCAUAGGUAAUAUUUUUGAUUUCGAUGACAUAGUCAAAGAACUGCGUAAUAAGCUAUUCUUUCUUUAUGAACAUUUCAAAAUUUCAUUAAAUGAUAAAAAUUCAAUAAAAUUAACUUUUACAAAAAUCAGAUUACCAAAAUCAGUGUCAAAAAUUUUAUCUGAUUCAUGGGAAACUUUAUAUCAAAUCAAUAGUAAUGAUCUAAAACAAUUGAUUUCUAAUGAUUUAAUAUUUUAUCUUUCAAACGCAUUAUCAUUACAUUCAAACGAUUCUUUACUUUUUUAUUAUGCUUACACUUUGGCUCAGCAAAGGAAUAUUGACCAUUGCAUCAAAUUUUUAGAGACUAAAGUCCUUAUCAAAAAUCCCAACCAUUUCAAAGCUUGGCAUCUUCUUGCCCUCUGCCAUUCAAUCAAAGAAAAUAAGGAAUCUUCUUAUAAAAUUAUAAUAUCAAUCAUAGACACCAUAGAAAAUCACAGUAACGCAAUUAAUAAGCUCUCAUAUGAAACAAAAUGGAAUUUGAUAAAUUUUAAAAUUACUCAGAUAUAUCUUAUAAAGGAUAUAUUUGGAAAUUUCGAGGCAUUAGAUCAAUUGCCAGAUUUAUUCACAACGUUUAAUAGUUUAUUCGGCGAAACUAUCAAGAAAACAGAAACAAACAUUACUCAUUCAUUUAGCCAGUCUAAGGAAUAUCUUUUACAGAUGAUAUGGUUAUUGGCUGCUGAAUUAUACAUGAGUUCUUCAGAUUUGCCCAACGCAAAACAGGCCAUCGAGGAAUCCAUGAAACUGAAUAUGGAGAAUAAAAGCUUCAGGAAUCUCAAUUGCGAUAUUAUUAAAGCAAAAUAUUCAACUUUGAUAGGUGAUGCUAACGAGGCACAAGCUGGCUUUGAAUCCGUUUUAUAUCAUGAUAUUUUGAAUUUGGAUGCCUUAGUCGGAUUAUCGAAAUUGGUGUUCCCAGAUGAUGAUACCACUGCCAAUCACCUCAAACUAACGACUAUCGAAGAUGUCAAAAAGCUGCAGAUCAAAUUGACAUUUGUUGACAAAACUGACAAGGCUGCCGCCCAUGCAAGGAUGAAACUACUAUUGGAAAACUCUACACUGGAUUCCAUCGAUUGUUAUUUUUCACCCGAAAUAUGGUGGUACCUUUCAUUAAUAUACGAAAUUUCAUCAAAUAAAGAUUUCUAUGAAGAAGCUCUCUUAAAUUGUGUGAAAAAUUACGAAACUAACCCAAUUAGGUCCUUUAAAUUUUCAAAUUUCUAA